GUCACCGGAAGUGUCCCGCGGCGCCCCGGAUGCAACCGGGAAGCAGAGGUUGCCAGGGCGACGGGAGCUUUCCGGAGCUGCGGCUACUCACGAUUGGAGGCGUAGAACCAUCCCUUGUCGCGGGCUUUAGCGGCCACCGUGACCCUCUAAGGAGGUUCCACGAUGUUCUUCUACCUGACCAAGAAAAUAGCCAUUCCCGAUAAGGUGAAGCUGAAGUGUAUAUCCUGGAACAAAGAACAAGGGUUCAUAGCAUGCGGUGGUGAAGGUGGAUUACUGAAGGUUUUGAAAUUAGAGACACAGACAGAUGAUACAAAAUGGAGGGGUCUUGCGGCCCCAAGUAACCUUUCUAUGAAUCAGAAUCUUGAAGGUCAUAGUGGUUCUGUUCAAGUUGUAACAUGGAAUGAACAGUAUCAGAAGUUGACUACCAGUGAUGAAAACGGGCUUAUCAUUGUGUGGAUGUUUUAUAAAGGCUCUUGGAUUGAGGAGAUGAUCAACAAUCGAAAUAAAUCAGUUGUUCGCAGUAUGAGCUGGAAUGCUGAUGGACAGAAGAUCUGCAUUGUAUAUGAAGAUGGGGCUGUGAUAGUUGGUUCAGUGGAUGGCAAUCGUAUUUGGGGAAAAGAACUGAAGGGUAUACAGCUAUGCCAUGUAUCAUGGUCUGCAGACAGUAGAGUCUUACUCUUUGGAAUGGCAAAUGGGGAAAUACACAUUUAUGACAAUUUCGGGAAUUUUGUAAUAAAAAUGAAACUGAGUUGUUUGGUGAAUGUCACUGGAGCUAUCAGCAUUGCUGGGAUUCAUUGGUACCAUGGUUCAGAAGGCUACGUGGAGCCUGAUUGCCCUUGCCUUGCUGUUUGCUUCGACAAUGGAAGAUGCCAAAUAAUGAGACACGAGAAUGACCAAAAUCCCGUUUUGAUUGACACUGACAUGUACGUAGUAGCCAUCCAGUGGAACCACAUGGGCAGCGUAUUAGCUGUGGCAGGCUUCCAGAAGGCGGCCACGCAGGACAAAGAUGGCAACAUUGUGCGGUUUUACACUCCGUUUGGUGAGCAACUGGGUACUUUGAAAGUUCCUGGAAAGGAAAUAUCUGCACUAUCUUGGGAAGGAGGUGGAUUGAAAAUUGCACUAGCUGUUGAUUCCUUUAUAUAUUUUGCAAACAUUCGACCUAAUUAUAAGUGGGGUUAUUGCUUAAAUACUGUAGUUUAUGCGUAUACCAAACCUGAUCGUCCAGAGUACUGUGUUGUCUUCUGGGAUACGAAGAACAAUGAAAAGUAUGUUAAGUAUGUGAAGGGUCUCAUUUCUAUUACUACCUGUGGCGAUUUCUGCAUUUUGGCUACAAAAGCUGAUGAAAAUCAUCCUCAGGAGGAGAACGAGAUGGAGACUUUUGGUGCAACGUUUGUGCUAGUUCUUUGUAAUUCUAUUGGUACACCCUUGGAUCCCAAAUACGUUGAUAUUGUACCACUAUUUGUUGCAAUGACCAAAACCCAUGUGAUAGCAGCCUCGAAAGAAGCAUUUUAUACUUGGCAAUAUCAUGUGGCAAAGAAGCUCACGGCAGUGGAAAUUAAUCAGAUCACACGGUCUCGAAAAGAAGGAAGAGAAAGAAUUUAUCAUGUUGACGAUACCCCUUCUGGAUCAAUGGAUGGUGUGCUUGAUUACAGUAAGGCCAUUCAAGGCACAAGGGAUCCAAUUUGUGCCAUAACUGCAUCAGAUAAGAUAUUGAUUGUGGGUCGUGAAUCUGGCACCAUUCAGAGAUACAGUCUACCUAAUGUUGGUUUGAUUCAAAAAUAUUCCCUUAAUUAUCGAGCCUACCAGUUAUCCUUGAACUGCAACUCUAGCCGUCUUGCUAUCAUAGACAGCUCAGGAGUUCUAACUUUCUUUGACUUGGAUGCUCGAGUAACGGACAGUACAGGACAGCAAGUAGUCGGCGAGUUGUUAAAAUUGGAACGAAAAGAUGUCUGGGAUAUGAAGUGGGCCAAAGAUAAUCCUGAUUUGUUUGCAAUGAUGGAGAGGACAAGAAUGUAUGUUUUCAGAAACUUGGAUCCUGAGGAACCCAUUCAGACCUCUGGAUAUAUUUGUAAUUUUGAGGAUUUAGAAAUUAAAUCUAUUCUUUUGGAUGAGAUAUUAAAGGAUCCAGAACAUCCAGUCAAGGAUUACCUAGUUAACUUUGAGAUUCGGUCUUUGCGAGACAGCCGAGCACUGAUUGAGAAGGUUGGAAUCGAAGAUGCAUCUCAAUUCAUACAGGACAAUCCACACCCCCGACUUUGGCGCCUACUGGCUGAAGCAGCUCUUCAGAAACUGGACCUACACACUGCAGAGCAAGCAUUUGUGCACUGCAGAGAUUACCAAGGCAUUAAGUUUGUGAAGCGGUUGGGCAAACUACUGAGUGAGUCAAUGAAACAGACUGAGGUUGUUGGCUACUUUGGCAGGUUUGAAGAGGCUGAAAAAAUGUAUCUUGAGAUGGACAGAAGGGAUCUUGCUAUUGCCCUCCGGUUGAAACUGGGGGAUUGGUUUAGAGUACUGCAGCUCCUGAAAACUGGAUCUGGUGAAGCGGAUGACAGUCUCCUGGAACAAGCCAACAAUGCCACUGGAGACUAUUUUGCUGAUCGACAGAAGUGGUUGAAUGCUGUACAAUAUUAUGUACAAGGGCGGAACCAGGAACGCUUAGCUGAAUGUUACUAUAUGUUAGAGGAUUAUGAGGGAUUAGAGAACCUUGCCAUUUCACUUCCAGAAAACCACAAGUUACUUCCAGAAAUAGCACAGAUGUUUGUCAGAGUUGGAAUGUGUGAACAAGCAGUGACUGCAUUUUUGAAAUGUGGUCAACCAAAGGCAGCGGUAGAUACCUGCGUACAUCUCAACCAAUGGAACAAAGCUGUUGAAUUGGCUAAAAAUCAUAGUAUGAAAGAAAUUGGAUCUCUGUUAGCUAGGUAUGCAUCUCAUUUACUGGAAAAGAAUAAAACGCUUGAGGCCAUAGAGCUCUAUCGGAAAGCCAAUUACUUUCUUGAUGCUGCUAAACUGAUGUUUAAGAUUGCAGAUGAAGAGGCAAAGAAAGGAACAAAACCUUUGCGUGUCAAGAAGCUGUACGUACUGUCAGCCUUACUUAUAGAGCAAUACCAUGAACAGAUGAAGAAUGCCCAGCGAGGAAAAGCUAGAGGAAAAAAUUCAGAGGCCACUUCUGCCUUGGCUGGUUUUCUGGAAGAAGAAGUUCUGUCUACAACAGAUCGUUUCAUAGACAAUGCAUGGAGAGGGGCUGAGGCUUACCACUUCUUCAUACUUGCACAGAGGCAGCUCUAUGAGGGAUAUGUGGACACUGCACUGAAGACAGCUUUUCACCUGAAAGACUAUGAAGACAUCAUCCCUGCUGUGGAGAUCUACUCUCUGCUAGCACUCUGCGCAUGCGCCAGCAGAGCCUUCGGGACUUGCUCAAAAGCUUUCUUAAAACUUACUUCUUUAGAGACUCUCAGUUCAGAACAGAAACAGCAGUAUGAAGACCUCGCUUUAGAAAUCUUCACCAAGUAUACUUCAACAGACAACAGAAAAUCUGAAUUGUACGACAGCCUUAUGGAAGGUGGAGAAGGGAAACUGCCAACAUGCGUUGCCACGGGAAGCCCGAUCACUGAGGAUCAGUUCUGGAUGUGUGGUGUAUGCAAGCACUGUGUCCUUGCUCAGGCAAUAAGCCACUAUAGCUUCUGCCCCUUAUGCCACAGUCCAGUGGGAUAAAGGAAUGAUGACCUGUAUAUCACUGUAAAAUAUAUGUAGCAAACAUACAUAGCAAGAACUGUCUAUGUAAUAAGGUUUAUUUCUAUGAGUUUUGUAUCAAAAUCAGCCUCAUUAUUUAUAGUUGAAUUUUUGCACAAAAUAUGUUAAUAUAAUUUUUUUUACAGAAAUACAACUGUGAAAUAAGGCUGAUUUUCAUAUAAAAUGUAUGAAAAUCAACCAUAUUUUCUCUCUCUUUUUCUUGUAUUUGAUUACAUGAUACCAUGGGAAUAUUCCAAAUAAAUAUUUUUUCUCACAGUGUCAAGAUAACUUAAUUCAUUGAAAAAUCUUAAAGGGAGUGAGAAAUGGGGGAAGCAUGGGAAUGGGAAAAAGUUGAAUUUAGAGAAUUUUUAUAACACAUAUGACUAGGAAGUUAAUUGUAAUAGUGAAAUGAGCUCUCUCUGUAGCUGUAUUUAAUGAAAUAAGCAUCGAAUGUCUUCUUUGUUAUAUUUUCAGAAGUGAGGUGAUGGCAUUUGAAGAAUUUUCUUUACAGUUUGAAUUGCUUCUAGUAGCCCUAUUCUUCUAUUUUAAAAUCUGUCCUAAAAAUCUCAUUCAAGAGAUGGCAUUUGGAAUUUACACUUUCAUACUAUUGUGCAGAAAACUUUGCUCUAUUUAUAAUGAAAAUAAACAAAAGUAUCAAUUUUGUAGUUAUAGCUUCUGUUGAAACAUUGUUACUAAGCUGGACCCUUCGUUUAUACAAAUAUUGCUGAGGGAGUGAUUCUUUCUUGAUAUGCAUCUGUUUUCUUUCUCUUUCUUUCUUUCUUUCUUUCUUUCUUUCUUUCUUUCUUCUUUCUUAUCUUUCUUUUCUUUUCUUUUUUCUUUCUUCUUGAGAUGGAGUUUCGCUCUUGUUACCCAGGCUGGAAUGCAAUGGCGCGAUCUCGGCUCACCGCAACCUCCGCCUCCUGAGUUCAAGCAGUUCUCCUGCCUCAGCCUCCCAAGUAGCUGGGACUACAGGCACGCGCCACCAUGCCCAGCUAAUUUUUUGUAUUUUUAGUAGAGAUGGGGUUUCACCAUGUUGACCAGGAUGGUCUUGAUCUCUUGACCUCAUGAUCCACCCGCUUUGGCCUCCCAAAGUGCUGGGAUUACAGGCAUGAGCCAUCGUGCCUGGCUCAUUAUUAAUUUAAAAGAUAAACAGUUGUGAUCUGGAAUGGAUCAUUUUUUAUGUCUUUUAUAUAGCCAAUAAUGUUCUCUGUUUAUUUGUGAUGAAUUCCAUUUUGUGCCUAAAGAUCAAACCUUUGCACUAUUUCAUCAAGAUUAUUUUAUUGAGGUUUGGCUUACAUUUAGUAGAGGCAAUACAUACAGAGAGAAAUGCAGCUUUGUUAUUGUAGCUAUAGUACACGUCUCAAUCUGAUUUGUUUUUGUCUUGUAGAGACAGAGACAAGUUCAGCAUGUUGCAGAUUGGGAACAGUGAGCUAUGAGAAGAGAUUUAGAGCCUAGAUGAGCUUAGGAUAGAUAGUGGGCUCAUGGGCCUAAGUAAAAAGAGAAGAUCAGAAGUCUUUGAGGUCUCUGUCUCUGUUCAUGCACCUUGUGGAAAAUUACCUUGGUACAUGGGUAGCCUCCAAAUAAACUAUCUACCAGCUAUACCAGAGGUCAUGGAACAGAAAACCUUACGAACCAAAUAAAAAUUCUCAAAAUACAUUGGUUUGUUGAACCAAUUUCCAAUACACAGUGAAGAACAAGGAGAAA